AUGCCCAUCCUUCGCCUUCCUGUCAUGAGAUCUCUCUUCUCGGGUACCCCUCCCUUCGGGAUGCCCCACGUCAACCCCACCAUCCCUACAUGGGGCACGGACGAUGACGGCAGGAAGCCGUACGAGCUCAGCGAGGCCACCCUCCACAACUCGGGAUACGUUGGCUCCGACAACGCCAUGGGCUCUCCUGACUACUUCAUCGACUAUGCUGACCCCAAGGGACCCAACGAGUCCCACCAGUGGCUGCAGAGCCAUCCUUUUUACUAG